AUGAGCGAUGUAAUUAUUUUUCAGCCAAUUCAUGGCUGGCUUGUGAGAAUCUGAAAAAAUACCUUGAAAAAAAACCGGGUGAUUUUGGAAGCCGUAGAAAAUUUCAAAUGUGUUUGUGUUCGAAGCCAGCCGUGAACAGACUAUAAACAAAUCCCAAGAAUUUUCCUACGUUUUUAUAGCCCGAGUACAACAAUGGCGAUGUUUUCAUCCAUGCUGGCGAUUUUACCGAUUUUGGGGAAAGUGAGGAACUUGUCAGGUUCAAUGAACUUUUGGGUGAGUUAAAAACGGGAAAAGAUCUCAGAAAAAUAUAUUUAAAAGAUCUUUCCACGUCAUUUUUGCUUUCUUUUCGUUUAUUUCUGUAAAAAAUUAUCUGAAAAAAAUGGUUAAAAACGCGUUUAACGUCUUUUCCAUCGGCCUAGGAGCUUUUACGGAUUUUUGAGCUGCUUUUGAGGAUUUUUAGAAAAAAUUUCCCACGUAUGAAGCUUCUGAGAGAAAAAAGAAGGUCACCAGAAAAACAUUUUUUUUUCAGGAAAGCUCAACUUUACACACAAAAUAGUGGUGGCCGGAAAUCACGAGCUUGGUUUCGACCCAGUUGAAGAUUUAUCGCAAAGAUCUUUUCUUGACUCCGGUAGAGGAACCAUCAAUGGCUAUUCGCUUUUGACCAAUGCUGUAUAUCUUCAUGACGACUUUCUUACGGUAUCAAAUCUGGUGAUACGGAGUUACCUUUUUCUCUAACAAAAAUGAGAGUCUACCCCGCAGUGAACCCCGAAAAAAGUGAACUUUUCGUUGAUUUUCGCGCUGCACCCCGCGUUGGAAUUGAGUGGGGUGAACCCUUGGGGCAACCGGUCGGAAAUAUAGCUGAUUCACGGCCAGCUUGGGGCACUAAGAAGGCGUGUCCUUUCUGCGCUCUCCACGAGCCAGGUUACACUGCGGGGGCCAACGAAAGUUCGACGCGUGUGAACCGCAACUUUUUUUUAGAGUUGCGCUCAAUUUGCGGACUUUGAAUAAAGCAGUUAACAUUUCUCCAAUUUCCCAAUGUUCUUUUUUAAUUUUCAUCAUUUUUCACCGCAAAAUAAAACGAAUUCCGGUCCACAGAACCUUUUCUUCGAUGCCCGUGACGUGUCUCGCGCAGCGUAGGGAAGAUUCUUGGAAGGUUUCUCGAACUUUUUAAAUUGUUUUAGGUCGGAGUCAAACCAAUAAAAAAUUGUGACAAGCUAGCGCGAAAAGAGCUGUACCACUUUGAUUCCAUUUUGACCUGAAAAAAAGUUUGAUUUCAGAUCGACGGCGUCAAAGUUCUUCGGCACGCCCUACCAUUUUCUGAAAGGCUUUCCCUUUUAUGUGCACCGGCUCGACGAAAAAGAGCUCCGAGUUUGGAAUGUCAUACCGAGAGACGUUGAUGUUUUGAUCACCCACACGCCUCCGUUAGGUUGAACUUUUUUUGUUUCAAAAAUCGAUUUAUUCAGGAAUUCUGGACGUCUUUGCAAAAGAAGGUCGCUGGGGAUCAAAUAAGCUUCUGUGGAAAGUUUUGAAAUUCAAACCGGAGUGGGUUUUUUCGGAAUUUAUCAAAUUUGAAAGUUUCAGGUUUUUUUUUUGAAAUCACACGAAAAUACGAUAUUGGAAUAAACCAACAACAACUGAUACUUUUAUACUUUUUAUCUUUUUAAAAAUCGAAAAGUUAUCAAGAAAUUUUCUAUACGUAAAUUGACGAUUCAAUGGAUAUCUGUAGUUUUUGGUACAAUAAAUGAAAUAAAAUGUAGUAAAGCAAGGGAAAAAAAAAUAUAUUGAGAAUGUAAGAUUCGAAAUUCAAAAAUAUAAUUUUUUUUUGCUGAAAAGUUUGGCUUUUUUCGAGCCUCGGUUUCAUUUUUCAUUUCUCUUUUUGAAAGAAGGAUAUUUUUUUACACCGUAAUCUUGCCGUUUUCAAAAAUUUUCAAGCUAAAUCGUGUUCGAAAAUAAAGAAAAAACAAAAAAUUAGACAAUUUUAGGUUCCACGUGUUCGGCCAUGUACAUGCCGGGUAUGGUGCCAUCAAAAGCAACGAUACGGUUUCAAUUUUUUUUGAAAAUUAUCAAAAUAUUCUCGAGUUUUCCAGACUUUCAUCAAUGCCGCCUUGACGAAGCCUAUUUUCCCACCGAUAGGCCUUGAUCCCGAGAGAAAACCUUUCGUUUUUUAUGUCCGUCGUAGAAUUGUCGAAAAAAAUCAACUCGGUUGA